AAAAGCUUGUAAUUUAAGCAAGUAAAGAGUAAAAAAUUUAAACAAGAAAGACUAUUGAAUGAACAGCGAAGAAGAAGAAGACCUUAAAUUGUCAUUCAAGAGCAAAUACAAGACAUCAGAAUGAUUUGUCGACUAUGUUUAAUUGAGGCGGUCAAUAUUUUGAAUAUUUUCACCGAGACCGGAGAAAUGGUUAAGAAGGACAUAUUGAAAGUGGUGGCGAAACACUUCCAAAUUGAGAUUCGAUACGACGAUGCAGUUUCUAAUACAAUAUGUUCAGUAUGUUGGGAUCACCUACAAGAAUUCCAUAAAUUUUGGUUAAGCAUUGAAGAGAAACAAAAAAGCCUCGAAAGUUAUUUCCAAUGCACACAAAUAAAACGAGACAUCGAAGAAGUUGGAGCGGAAGCUAUUGCUUAUAAUGAUAUGGAAAUAAGUCAAGAAAAAGUACACACUGGAUUAUGUGGCCCUGAAAUAGAUAUAUUUGUUGGAGAAUCUGGGCAAUAUGGAAGAGAACCUGAGUUUAUUGCUAUCAAAACCGAACAAGAGGAUGAGUCGGCGACCUAUGAUGAUUCUUUUUUGCCUUUAACAGAAUCAGUUGAUGUUCUUUCGAAAGAUGUUGAAUCUGAAGAAAUUGAUUCCAAUGUUAAACAGAAACGUAAAUACAACAAAGGAAAAGAAAAAAAGGUUGUGGAGAAAAAGAACAGUAAAAAAGGGCGUCCUAGAUUAAGAGAAAGUGCUAUAAAGAGAAGUCAAAACGAAGUCAAACUCAAAACCGCUGAAAGUGCGAAGAACUACGAAGAAAAAUUAAAAGCUAUCCGGAAAGCUGACGAAUUUCUAGCGCAAAACACGCAGCUGAGUUGUUGCAUUUGCAUGGAAAAAUUAAAAGAUUUCAGAGGAUUGAAAACUCAUUUCCGACAAAAACAUCAAUGUACUGGAUAUGCGGUUUGUUGUGAUUUACGUUUCACCAAACGUACAUUAUAUGUUGAUCACAUUCAGUUGCAUAAGAAUCCCGACUUUUUCAAAUGCGCUAUAUGCAAUAAACAAUUGAUAAGUCGUAAGAAUUAUGUUAACCAUAUGCAUUCACUACACCCGUCUGAGGAAAAUCUUCAAUUUGGGUGUAAACUUUGUCCAAAAAAGUUUUCCAAACAAUAUAUUUUAGACAGCCACAUAAGAAUGCGUCAUAUGCCAAAAGAUCAUGUUUGCAAAUUAUGUGAUAAGGCGUUUUCCAGCAUUUGGAUUUUAGCUCAGCAUGAAAAGGCUGUGCAUCGAAAUGAAUUUGAAUCUGUGUGCGAGAUUUGUGGAAAACGUUUAAGAAAUGCAGCAAACUUGCAAUAUCAUAUGGAUAAUAUUCAUAAUACUGAACCACGACCUGAGGUAGAAUGCACACUCUGUCAUAAAUGGUUAAAAAGUGAUCGCAGUUUGCGUAAGCAUAUGAUAUCACAUCGCGAUGAAGCAUCUGGCGUAGUAUUUAAAUGCCCUCAAUGUGAUGUGGAGAAAAAGUCAAGACACUCGCUUGCAUCGCAUAUACGGUACCAUCAUUCAAAUAGAGUUUUCAGUUGCACGAUGUGUGCAAAAGAAUUUAAAACUCCAAUUUCAUUGAAAGAACAUGAAGCCACACAUACUGGUGUCGAUUUGUACACUUGUCCGUUCUGCCCAAAGACGUUUCGAUCACAUGCAAAUAUGCACAAACACAAAAUACACAGCCAUUCAGAUGAGUGGGUUCGUAAAUACGCACAACCCAAUGAGUAUACACAAAGUGUAUUAAACCAAACUCGUAAAACAGAAGCGUAACAAUACAAUGUAGGAAUGAGAUAAUUUCCUCGUGUCGCAUGCCAGCCGCUUCUACUAUAUUGAUAUCUGACUAAUAACUGUCACUCGAGCACUCCAGAAGCAACAGCGCUAACGUUGAAAUUAAUGCUAAUAAGUUUAUGUUAAGCAGGAUGACUCAAACUUAUACUUUAUUUGUUAAGCACCGCACUAUUUCAUACUUAGUUAUAUUCAUAGUGCCCAUCUUACGUUACCAAUAAAAUUGCAGUAAAAAUAAA